UCUAUGUGUAGCAUCCACAAGGCGUCAUCAGCAGGCGCCUGUAUUUACUUCUGGUCCAGUUAGUUCGCUGUCCGCUGCAAUGGAAGUAAACAGGGACGAGGCGGAGCGCUGCAUUGACAUUGCAACUGCGGCGUUAACCAACAACCAGCCGGAGAAGGCGCAGAGGUUCCUGGAGAAGGCGCAGAGACUCUUCCCAACAGAGAAAGCGAAAGUACUACUGGAGCUAAUAGCAAAGAAUGGAUUUGCAUCUAGACAAGGCGGCCACUCAGACUUCAGUGGGGUCUCGGGGCCUCGACAGCGGCAGACCAACAGCGAGGAUACCAGACCGGAAGAAAAGCCUUCAGACACCUCGAAAUCCUACACGGCAGAUCAGCUAGAUGCUGUGAGGAGGAUAAAACAAUGUAAAGACUUCUAUGAAAUUCUUGGGGUUCAGGCAGACGCCUCUGAGGAUGAACUCAAAAGAUCAUAUAGAAAACUUGCUUUGAAAUUCCAUCCGGACAAGAAUCACGCUCCAGGUGCUACAGAGGCCUUUAAAGCUAUUGGGAAUGCCUAUGCUGUUCUGAGUAAUGCUAACAAAAGACAACAGUAUGAUCAAUGUGGAGAAGAGAGGAGGCAUCCUUCAACACACAGCCCAGACAAUGGAAACUUUGAGCCAGAUAUUUCACCUGAAGACCUCUUUAACAUGUUCUUUGGAGGGGGUUACCCAUCAAGUAAUGCUAAUGUGUACACUAAUGGGCGGAUGCGUUACCAAAGGCGAGAGAGAAGAGAGCGACAGCGGGAUGGAGGCUUUGCGCUCUUCGUGCAGGUCAUGCCCAUCCUCAUCCUGGUUAUUGUGUCGGCCCUCAGUCAGAUCAUGAUCAACAGCCCCCCUUACAGCCUCAGCUUCAGGUCGUCAGCAGGUUACACACAGAGGAGGCUGACGGAGAACCUGAAGGUGCCAUAUUAUGUAGGGGAGCAGUUCUCCAGGGAGUUUACUGGACUGAAUUUGAAGAAUUUGGAGCGGACGGUGGAGGAUGAUUAUAUUUCCAACCUUCGCAACAAUUGCUGGAAGGAGAAACAACAGAAGGAAGGCAUGCUUUACAGAGCUCGCUAUUUUGGAGACAAUGAUCUGUACCAAAGAGCACAGAGGGCUCGCACACCAAGCUGCGCCAAGCUGUCUGAGAUCACAGCUUCAUUACAUGGUUGAUGCUGCUUUCAUAAUUAAAAGCAAGGUUUCCAGAAUAAACACAAAAGAUUAUUGGCUGUAAAUAGAUGAGCUUUAGCAAUCUAGAGACUGAAGAUGACUCAACAAGCAAACAAACCAUCACCAAUGCACCAAUCAGCAUCACAUUGACCACACAAACUGGCUGAAACCCUUUCUGUGGAAUUUAGUAUGUGAAUUUAAAACAUAAUGUUAAUAUAAUGUUUU